AUGGUUGAUGACGUGAAAGAUAUUACGGAAAACGCUGAAAGUAAAGUGUCGUCAGAGGCCCUAGACCGAUCGAGGCUUGCGCGCGAGCGUCGCGAAGCCGAACAGAGAAAGAGGCUGGACGAGCUCCGCGCGCACGCUGCAGCCGCUCAGGCUCAGCGUGAGAAGCGCGACGAGGAGCGCCGCCGCAGACAGGCCGAGCAGCGGGCGAGGGACGACGACAGGCGGCAACAGGCCGAGCAGCGGGUGAAGGACAACGACAGGAGGCUCCAGGUAGAAGAACGCAAACGGGCGAUAUGGGAAGCAUCAGUAUCACGCCGCGAGGCGUUGCUUCAACGAGAAAAGGAGCGCGCAGAUCGGCUAGAACGUGCCAGAGCUGCUCGCUCCACUCCCCGGCCGGCCUUCGCCUUCGGAUCCUCCACGCCCCGCCUGCUGGAGCCCGUGGACUCUGCGGGAUUCUUCUGGGCCGCGCGCAGUACCAACCCACUUGAUCAGAUGAACUUUUUUGAGUCACUGGCUGCAUCAACCACGAAUGUGAUGUUCGCGUCUGCGCCGCUCACAAGGAGAGCUUCUGCACUACAACUCGACACGUCUGACACUGACACUAAAGACGAACCCGACCGCCAGGCGACCGUGGUGUGGUCGUCGGUGGCUCGGCGCCGCACGGACCUGGUGCCGACGCUGCCGGCCCCCCGCGCGCCAGGUAGGGCCUACUCGAUGACGCGGCUGGACAAGCUGCCCCGCCCGCACCUCACCCCCUCGUCGUCGCCCUCCAUGCACCACCUCAACAGGACCCAGACACGUUCGGGCGAGACGACCCCGGGUUCGAGGCCGGGCAGUGCGCUGUCCAACGCGGGAGUCGUCAGACGGGCCACCUCUGCGCCGAGAAAGCCGCGCCCAGCUUCAAUCGCCGGCACCGGGGUUAACACGCCACGAGGUGGCGUAGACACAGGUGUGAACAGUAUCGCGACAACGCCCUCAGUGUCACGCGAUGCUACCACGGUGGUGGUGGAUGUGCCACGUCGGCCCACAACCGCUCGAAAACCACGCCCGCUAUCACUGCACACCUCGCCACGGCCUGCACCAGUGACUGCCCCCGGUGACGGCAAACCGCCGCUGCAUAGAAAACCAAAGCCAUCCAAAGAACAUGAUAAGCGCGGCAAGUCGCAAUCGCCGGGGCGUGCGUUGUCGCCUACGCCGCCGCGAAGUACUAACGAUGUUAUGGAAAGGAGCGUGUCUUCCACGUCGUCGGACAAGAGGCAGGUGAGCGCGGUGGAGGUGACCCAGAAGCUCGAGGCGCUGCAGAUUGGUGACGAGCUCGCACAACACCAAAUCAUAGACGAUAAGGUAAACGAAAACAAAGAGAAUGUAGAAAAUAAACCGGAAUCGAAGCCCGAACACAUGGUAGAAGAUAAUAAUAGCCAAGAAAAACCUGUAGAAGUACAGAAGCCAGUCGAAAAUAAAGAAGAAAAACGCGAAGAUAAGAAAGAACUACCGCAGGAGAGAAAAGAAGAGAAACGGGAGGAAAAGAAGGAGCCUUCGCAGGAGAAAACUGAAGAAAAUGAGAUGACUGCAUCAAUGACCGCGCGUCGCAUCACAACGGAAGAAGAAGCAAAGGCUGCGCUGGCUGAGAGGAGACGACGAGCUCGUGAAGAAUUGGAGCGGCAAGCGGAACUCGAGAGACAGAGACUACAGCGUGAAGCAGAAGAAGAGGCUGAGAGGCAGAGACAAGAGGAGGAGAGACAGCGACGCGAGGAGGAAGAAGCGCGGGAGCUGGCGGCCCUGCAGCGGAAGCUCGAAGAGGAGAAGCUGAGGAAGGCUAUUGAGGCGCAGCAGGAGCUGGAGCGCGCGGAGGCGGAGCGGCGCGCGCGCGAGGAGGAGGAGCGGCGCGUGCGCGCGCGGGAGGAGGAGGACAAGCGCCGCGCCGCCGAGCGCGCUGAGCUCGCGCGCAAGGCGGAGGCCGAGCGCGAGGAGCGCGAGCGUCUGGCGCGCAAGCAGCGCGUCGAGGCCAUCAUGGCGCGCACGCGCCUCAAGAAGCAAGCAGAAGAGGACAAGAAACAACAAGAGAACAAAGCCGCCGCAGCGCUUAACCAGUCGACGGCAUCAACUGGCGAACAAUCACCCUCACAGACUAAUGAUCAAUCACCUGCGCAGACUAAUGAACCAGCGCCCGCACAGACUGACGUACAAGUGGCCGGACAAACCAGCGAGAAUACCGCGCAGACUAGCGAGCACGUGCAAUCACUGGCGAGCGAGCAAACGGGCGCUCAGACUAACGAGCACGGAUCCACUGUAGUCAAUGAUAACGGAUCCACUGCUGCGAGUGAGCACGUGCACGUGCCCAUUAGCGUGCCCGCGCCCGAGCACGCGCCGCAGUCGACGGAGCUGCACGUGCCCGUUACGGAGUCCGUCUCCGUGUCCGUGCCCGUGUCUGUUGCUUCGGACAAUGGCAACGUGUACACGGCGGAUCUUUUGCAGCUCGCCCCUAGUCAGCAAGAAGAGUCGCAGCUGCAAGCGAAUGAGAACUCAGCAGAAAACCAAAGUACGGCUGCGCAAGAUGGCGCCAUCAACAACGGUAACGUCACUGCUGACCUGCUGGGACUGUCCGAGCGAAAUGAUACCAAGGACAAAUCUGACGAGCAGUCGACGACCGUCCCUACCAAGCAGAACGACAACGCGCCAACAUUAGUGGCCAAUAACGGCAACCAACAUGUCGCCCACUUAUCGGCCAACUUUAUACAGAACGAGCGCAUCUCCUCCGAACACGACCAACACCUUCAACAACUUGGACAAACAAAGUUGGCUGAAGUACCUAAAUUGUUGGACGAUGACUUCACCACGCACAAUGGACAUUCGGCGACACACAAUCACCCAUUAACGUUGCAAAAUGCAAUCUAA